UCCAGACAUCCCAGUUGUCCGCGACGCCUUUAACAGCCGCGACUACGAGACCGCGCCCAGGGAUAUGGCCCAAUAAACACCAUACGAAAGUUAACGGCCCCACGAAUCCGACAAUGGCAGGCUCGUCUCCCUCGCGCGGGCAGAGCCACCAUUGGGGGACCGCAAGCCCCCAACGAACAGUUCUCGAAGAGAUUCUGGGAGACGACCGGAACUCAGAAGCGCGCCAUAGAAUCCUUCUCGAGGCGGCAAAGAGGGAACACGAAAGAGUCCGGGCGGAAGCGGAGAGGGUAUACAGGGAACAACUGCAGAAGGAAGAAAGGCAGCGUCUCCUCGAGGCGCGGCGGAAAGAGGAGGAAAGAAUUAGGCUCGAGGAAGAGCUUGCUGCUGAUCGCGCGAGAUUGAAUGCGCUCAAAGCGAAGAAGAUUGCGAUACCUCCGCCGCUGCCAGAACCCGAACCACCCGCUGCACCAACAGUCAAUGGGAAAGCAUCCUCUCCACCGCCAUCCGACAAUAAUGCUCCUACUCAAAGCACCGGGGCGACAGCGCAAAAUGUUCCAGUGACCAAGCCAUCUGCUGCGCCCAUACAGGCGUCGACUCCAAGCCAGUCUCCUGCGACAGUGCCGAACAAAGCUCCAGAGCCCCAGAAACCCGUGAACUCAGUCCCGGACGUCAACGGUCUUUCCAAGAGCACGUCACCAGCAGCCGGCGCGCCCUCCACUGCUGAAACAACGCGCCCGACUGCUCCGCCACCGACGCAGGCUCGCCCCGACAGAUAUGCAGAGAUUCAUCAAAAUCUCAAAAAGCUGCGGAAAUUUAUGGCUGAUCAAGCCAAGACAAAUCCGGCCCUGAAAGGAAGGAUGGGCGACAUGCGGCGAGAGAUUCGCAAAUCCGUUGGUCAGCUCACCGUCACCCAGGGGGUCGCCGGGGUCAACAAAGUGCAGCAACAAACCAUUCUCAAACUGCUACGAGAGGCGAUGUCGAACCAGGUACAGUCACAGCUGAUGGACCCCAGCAACUUCGUUCUGGAGCCGAGGGACCCAGUAGAGGGGGCUGCGCACAACGAGCCCGCUCUGCCAUCAAUCUUCCUCUACCUUAUCAACGUUUUCGCAAAAGCGGCCAUCUCCCAAUUCAUCAACGAGUCCGGCGCGCGGCCGGAGACGGCAGAUCCCGUCGGUAUUUGUGUUGCCGCGACCCUCUCGGAGCCAGAGUUUCUCUGGCGCGGCGCAUCGCUGAUAGAUAUCCUGCUUGCUAAGCUCCGGAUAGUAUGCCCGGUGCUCUUCGGCUACCGGGGCAGCGAAAAGACGGAGCAGGGCAGGCAGAGGUUGGGCUGGUGGAAGGACAACGGCCGGUGGGUGCCAGAGCAGCAGCACAUGGAUCGCAUGACCGGUCUAGGGGCCGGCUUCGCGGCAAUCUCGCUUCGAAAUUUUGCCAUGUCCAAGAAAACAAACCCAUACCCACCCCGGGAAUACUGGGCGGCCAUGGCCCGAAUCGUUAACACACCGUCCGCGGAGAUAUCCAACACGCAGUGCGUCGUGUUGAAGGCCAUGGUGGAGGGCUACGAGCAGAAGUUUAUUGAAUUCUACGGGAAUGCCGCCGUCGAGGCUUUGCGGACCGCGUUGAUCGAAUUCCCGGCCAGAGCGCCGCAAAAGUCGGCCGCGGUGAAUUCAUUAGAGGUAUUGGCCAGGUCACUGAAGCGGGAUACGGGCUUGGUUCUUGGAUAAAGCGCAGGAAUUGCGGUAUGCAAAGGCGCAUCAAAGAUGGAAAUGUUACCUCUGGUGCCGGGGUUGAUCUGACACUUGGUCAUAUCCGCAUUGUUGGACCAGAUAGACGUACUCACAGAGGUUCUGGGAAUAUGCCACGCGCUGCGGCGCAUCCCAGC